AUGACUGGUUAUUACAAUAAUAAGAUUGAAGGAAAGGAAGAACUAGUCCGAAAAGUGCUAGAUAGCACCUCCAAAACAACAGCAACAGUCGUUGCUGAUCAUUGGAUAUUAAUAAUAUCAGUUUCAUGGAUAUUUGUUUGCAUUGUAAUUUUCUAUCUUGGAAUUCACAUCUGCAACAGAUGCUGCCCGUGCAACAAAGAAUUUAUUGAAGAUGAAUCUAAAGCUUAUAACAAAAUCUCGAAUGAACAAUUAGAACACGUCAUUGCUAAUCAAUGA